AAUCCCAGCAUUCCCUGCACCCCGUUCCUCUGUAACUUAGACUCCAGUGUGCCGCGCAGUGUGCGCAAAUUCGUAAACCGUCCUCUGCCUUGGGGGUUUCUGAAUUCGGAGACUUGAAACUAGGCGGGAAGACCCCACCCCGUUAACUCUCAGAAGAAGAUGACAGCCCACAGAGAGGUAACAUCUGUUUACAUGGAACUCAGAAAUCUCCUGCAAAUCAUGAUCUCAAGGCCAGAGAAUGGCAGGUGAACAGAAACCAUCAAGUAACCUCCUAGAACAGUUUAUUUUACUAGCCAAAGGUACCAGUGGCUCAGCCCUCACUGCUCUCAUAAGCCAAGUCUUGGAGGCUCCUGGAGUGUAUGUCUUUGGAGAACUGCUGGAGCUGGCCAAUGUGCAGGAGCUUGCAGAAGGAGCUAAUGCUGCAUAUUUGCAGUUGCUGAACCUGUUUGCCUAUGGAACAUACCCAGAUUACAUAGCCAACAAGGAGAGCCUGCCAGAAUUGAGCACAGCUCAGCAGAACAAGCUGAAGCACCUAACCAUCGUGAGCUUGGCGUCGAGAAUGAAGUGUAUCCCCUACUCCGUGCUGCUGAAGGACCUGGAGAUGCGGAAUCUCCGGGAACUGGAAGACCUCAUCAUUGAGGCUGUCUAUACUGACAUCAUCCAGGGCAAGCUGGACCAGAGAAACCAGCUGCUGGAAGUGGAUUUUUGCAUUGGCCGUGACAUCCGAAAGAAGGAUAUCAAUAAUAUUGUCAAGACCUUGCAUGAAUGGUGUGAUGGCUGCGAAGCAGUUCUGCUGGGCAUCGAGCAGCAAGUUCUGAGAGCCAAUCAGUACAAGGAGAACCACAGCCGAACUCAGCAGCAGGUAGAGGCCGAGGUUACCAACAUUAAGAAGACACUCAAAGCCACCGCCUCCUCCUCGGCUCAGGAGAUGGAGCAGCAGUUGGCUGAACGGGAGUGUCCCCCUCACGCUGAGCAGAGGCAGCCCACCAAGAAGAUGUCCAAAGUGAAAGGUCUGGUCUCCAGCCGCCACUAGGGCCGGCUGGGGCAGCUGGCACUCACCAGGCCUGGGUCAGGUGGGGAGGGGACACCAAGGGCCUAUUUCCUCCCCUCUCUACCUUCAGUGAGUUCCAGACCUGCCCGUCCCCUCACCAGCGCCUCCCACCCUGUUGGUACUGUUCCAGAAGAACCGUUAAUCCUUCCCUCACCCACUCCCUCCUCCCCCAGUUCCUUCAGACUCAGGGGCUCCACUGAUGCCAUCCCAACAGGGUCAGACACUGCCCAGCUUUCCUCCAGGAGGUUCUCGUCUCUGUGUAAGGGCUUGUCUCCCUCCCAGUUUUUCUUUUGCUCCAUGUCAUUUUGUCAGGCUGGUCAUAAGCCGGAAGCAGCUUUAGCCGGCCCACAGGGAUGACUGCGGAGGAGGCCCCUCUCUGCGUGAGGAGGGGGGUGUGCCUUCUCCAGCCCAUGUACCACAGUUCCCACACUGGUGCAGGUGAUCUCUAGCCAGGUAUCAAAUGCUUUGUUUCCCCUCUCCUGCCUUAUCCCUUGUUGGCAGCUCCGAUCAGGCCACGGAGGGAUGUGAUGCUGGGCUAUGUUUACUAAACCUGCGGGUUUUCAGCCUCUUAAGCCCAGCUCCAAUCUCUCAUCCAUUGGGAGCACUAACCUCUGGAAUCUGAGCACCAGUGGAGGGCGCUGUGGGUCUGCUGGGUGGCAGAAGUUUCUUCCGGGUUGGUGUUCUCUGCUGGCCGCGCUUCCUGCUGCCCCUGACCACUCAGACUGGUUUUCGGUGCGAAGGCCCCAGCUGCCACCCGGGACUGUCUGCUGACACUUGCCCUCCCGAGAUCUUUAAUCCCUCCCGGCUGUGUCCGUGCUGGGGAUGGCAGUGCCCAGGCCCCUCUGUCUGGUGAAGGACCUGUUGCUGCUUCUGUUUCUCUCUUUCUGCCCCUCCUUGGCUGAUGACCCAGGGCCCUCUGAUGACGGCAUUCUCCUGGCAAGAGAAAAGGACUUGACUGGCCUUUCUGAACUUGACUGUUUCAGGUUAUAUUUUAAUUUUUUUUUUUUUUUUGUACAGGUUCUGAUUCUAAUACAUUUCAACAUGCUUUUUUUUCCCCUUCGUGUCAAUAUUUGUUACAGACUAAUCGCCGGGGAUUUUUCACCGGGUUGGAGGGUGGCAUGUGUGUAUGUGUGCGUGUGUUGUAGUUGUUGUUGUUGUUUUUAAAGGGGAGGUGGUGGUCCUGGACUGACUUACUCAAGUUCAUUGAGAGUAAAAGCACAUUUUAGAACAAAAAAUAAAAGUGUAGAUUUAACGUA